AUGGAGAGACUGUCUACAGUUGGUCAACGUAUCCAACAGAGGCAUUCUGGAAAGAAAAAGGAGGUGGGUGACAAAAAGGAUGGGAAACUACAGGUGAAGCAGCGGACCACAGAUGAAGCAUUAACAGACCAGAAAGUGAUGGCAGGAGAGGCUUCGGACAGGAGGAACAUCUGGGAGCCGAGUGUUUACUACGCGCUGGGGAAUGAGUCUUUCUCUUUUGCUGGUCAUGACAUCAGCAUCCGAGAGUCCAUGGAUACUUUCGGCGCUCUGAUCUGGCCCGGGGCAAUCGCUUUGAGUCAGUUCUUGGAGAACAACCAGCAACAAGUGAACCUGAUGGACAAAGCGGUGCUGGAGAUAGGAGCUGGGACUGGCCUGCUCUCAAUAGUGGCCAGUCUGCUCGGGGCAUGGGUGACAGCUACUGAUCUACCAGAGAUCUUACCUAAUCUGACCUUUAACCUCAUGCGGAACACCAAGGGCCGGUCCCGCUACACCCCCCAGGUGGCUGCCCUGACCUGGGCACAGGACCUGAAGCGAGACUUCCCCUACCUGUCCUACAACUACGAUUAUGUACUCGCAGCUGACGUGAUCUAUCCCCAUGGCUGCCUCGAGGAACUGCUGGAAACCAUGCUUUACUUUUGUCGGCCGGGGAGUCAGACAACGCUGCUGUUGGCCAACAAGAUCCGGUUCGAGUCAGACUUGAAGUUCACAGAGUGCUUUGAGAGCAGUUUUAACGCCACGCUGCUCGCUGAGCUCCCACAGCAGGAGGUGAGGAUAUACAAGGCCACAGCGAAGGAGUGAUGGAGGAGCUUCAGGGGGUGGAGAUUCCUGAGAUGUUAAAGGUCCAGUGUGGUGGAUUUAGGGGGAUAUAUUGGGAUAAAUGGAAUAUAAUACGUCUGUUUUCUUUACCGUGUAAUCACCUGAAAUUAAGAAUCGUUGUCUUUACUAUGAGCCAUUUAUAGAGAGCGGAUCCUCGUCCAUGGAAUCCGCAAAG